UCUUACUUCUCUCCGUCUUCUCCAUUCUCCUCCAUUUCUCUCAACUCCCAAGUCUCAAUCUCUCAGACUCUCACUCUCUAACACCUAAGAUAGUGAGUUCUCUAAUUUCCUCUCUCGUCCUACUCUUUGUUUUAUUUCUCUCUUGCCUAGAAGGUGGUCAGACUAGAGAGUAUAAAUCGAGCACUUGUACUGUUUAGUUCAAGGGACUUCUACCAUCCCAUCAAGCACGCUACAAGGAAGGUGGUCAGACUAGAGAGUAGAGAUCGAGCAAUUGUUCAGUUCAAGGGGCUUCUACCACUCCAUCAAAGCACGCUACAAGGAUUCUGGGAUUUUUAUUAGAGGGAAAAAAUGGAUCCUGCAACAGAAGAAUAUGCUGCCUUUGAAGAGAAAGUAAAGAGGACUGUGCUGAUUGAUAACCUUUCUCCUUUGGUUACUGAGGCUGUCCUGAGAGCAGCUUUUGACCAAUUUGGGGAUGUCACCAAUGUUCAUAUACUUCCCAACUACUUUGAACCCAACAACACUGCACGUGCAGCUUUGGUGCAGAUGCGAACAUCAGACCAGGCUGAGAAGCUGAUCCAUGAGGUUAGCAAUUCCCCAUUUAUGAUCAUAGGGAUGCCCAGGCCAGUCAGGGCACGUGCUGCACAGCCCGAGAUGUUUGAUGAUCGUCCUGCUAGACAACCUGGAACAAGGAUUGAAUGGCGUUGGGUGGACCCCGAUGAGCCUGAGUUUGAGGUGGCGAACAAGAUGAAGGCUCUGGUGCGCCAACAUGCUGCUGAGGCUGACUGUUUAAUCAAGCAUCAACGGGAGGAGGAAGAAAAACUUGCCAAGAAGCAGGAAGCAACCUUGAAGGAAAACUACAAGAAGUUUAAGAUGUUAGAAAGCUCUAGUAGUAAUGCUCCUAAUGCAGAUGCUAAUAGGUUAGCUCAACAUUAUGGGUUGCGUCGUUCCAGAGAUUCUAAGAAAUAG